AAAAAUAUCAAACUGUCACCCGUAUUAUGAAAUAAACAAACUUGCCUCGAUUUUAUGUACAUAAAAAAUGGUCGUAGGAGCUUUUCCAGCCGCCAAAUUAGGAGCGUUAUUACUAAAGCAAAUCAGCAAACCCAUAGCAAAUGCGCUCAAGAGCCAGGCGAAAAGUUCUCCCGUAUUUAGGAAGUACAUCUGCAUGCCCCCCGCUCAAUUCUACAACUGGUGCGAAGUCAAAGCUAAAAUGUGGAUUUUGAAUUUAGGAAAACCCGUCAAUGUUCCGGUAUUAAACGAAGCGAUGGCUAUCGAAUUAGGCGCUAAUUUACUAGGCGAAGGUAUUAUUUUCAUCAUAGCCGCCGGUGUGGUAAUCGCGGAAUAUAACCGAUCUUCGAAGAAGGAGGCCGCGAAGGAAGAGGCCAAGACUCAAGAAAUGGAAGACAUCCGGAACACGAUGAGGGAAUUGUUCAUACAAACGGAAGAGCAAGCCGCUCAACUCAGAGAACUCACUAGGAAAUUAGGAGAUAUAGAUACUAAAUUGGGCAUUGCGAAUACUACAAUGUCUUCGACGAAAUCUCAGCCGCCUCGAAAGGCGGAUAUUAAAAAUUCCGAAUCCGGCAAGGACAAGAGGAAGGAUGUUUAUAUUGUUCAAACGCCAGAUGUUAGUUAUCAAUCCAACGAAAACAUUGCCGGCGAAAGAACAAAUUUUGCUGAAUACUCAUCGCCGAAAAGGCCAUACAAUAACGUUAUUUUAAAAGCCAUCGAUGAUAUUGAAGAUAUGUUUUGCGAAUCUCCUUUGAUCGAACGUCAAGAGAAUAAUAUAUUAUUUUUAAGCUUAUAUCACAUAAACGCGUUACUUAGAUUGAAUGAUUAAGUUUUACACCUGUUGUUGUUAUUUAAGAUAAAAGUAAUAUAAUAAAGUAUUACUGCU